AUGGCCCGCUAUGUCGUCGUUUGUCUGCUCCUUCUCCUCGCUACGUCUGUCGUUGUGAGCACGGGAAACGACAAACCGUCGAAUUCGGCUGCUGACAAGGCCGCAGCUGACAAGGCCGCAGCUGACAAGGCCGCAGCUGACAAGGCCGCAGCUGACAAGGCCGCAGCUGACAAGGCCGCAGCUGACAAGGCCGCAGGUGACAAGGCCGCAGCUGACAAGGCCGCAGCUGACAAGGCCGCAGCUGCUAAGGCCGCUGCUGACAAAGCGGCUGCUGAGAAGGCGGCAGCGGAGAAGGCGGCAGCGGAGAAGGCGGCAGCUGACAAGGCGGCUAAGGAGGCUGCUGACAAGGCGGCGAAGGAGGCUGCUGACAAGGCGGCGAAGGAGGCUGCUGACAAGGCGGCGAAGGAGGCUGCUGACAAGGCGGCGAAGGAGGCUGCUGACAAGGCGGCGAAGGAGGCUGCUGACAAGGCGGCGAAGGAGGCUGCUGACAAGGCGGCGAAGGAGGCUGCUGACAAGGCGGCGAAGGAGGCUGCUGACAAGGCGGCGAAGGAGGCUGCUGACAAGGCGGCGAAGGAGGCUGUUGACAAGGCGGCGAAGGAGGCUGCUGACAAGGCGGCGAAGGAGGCUGCUGACAAGGCGGCGAAGGAGGCUGCUGACAAGGCGGCGAAGGAGGCUGCUGACAAGGAGGCUGCUGACAAGGCCGCUAAGGAGGCUGCUGACAAGGCGGCUGCUGAAAAGGCGAGACCGGUAAAGAGAGGGGCGCUGUGCGUGGAUGGCUGCGACUACGAGAAGGGCUCCUUCGACUACUGGAAGGUUCCGGAAUUCAGGACGUGCAUGUCGAAGCCGGAGAAGGACAACGCCCCGUGGUGCGCGGCGGGCGCGGUGAACGCCAAGGACUGCUGCGCUGCAUGCAAGGCCGGCGCCACCGCAGCCAAUGGAAAGGCCUAUACCUGCCGCUUCUGGGUGCACAUCCCCGAGGGCAAGUGCAACGGCAAGGAGUGCGGCAAGUGCCUUCUCCUGCCGGAUCUCAAUUCCCUCCUGCCCACCAAGAGCGACAAGAACGGCUGCGGCGGCAAGAAGGUUCGCAUCGGCAAGAACUGCCCCGCCGCGCAGAACGACCCGCACUUCCUGGGCGCGCACAACACGCGGUUCGACUUCAACGGGCUGCCCGAGAAGAACUUCUGCCUGUACACGGACCGUGCGAUGCACGUGAACAUGGGCAUGCGCGGCUACCUCGACUCGCGCCCCACGGUUAACUCUCACGCCCUCGUCGUCAACGGCUCUGCUGUGCGCACCUGGAUCCGCCAGCUCGCUGUCAUGUGGACCGGCAAACACGCUACCCACUCGCUGGUGCUGACGGCGCGCGACGGCAAGGAGCAGCUCCGCGGAGAAUCCGGCUUCCUGGCUUCCGUCGAGCUCGACGGCACGCCCCUUCCCCGCCUCGUUCCUGGUGAAUCGCGUAGCCUUGCGGGCGGGAAGGUGUUGCUUGAAUUCGUCGGGGAGGAAAGGACCGGGCCGUACGACGUGGAUCACUAUUAUUUGAGCAUCAAAGGGCUCCUGGAGUUGGACCUGAAGCUGCGCCCCGCACACCCUCUAUUGCAAACACCUGACGACGCCCAGGUGCACAUCAACGUGAUGUUUACUGAUGCGAGUGUGAGCAGCAGCGUGCACGGCGUGAUGGGGCAGACGUACAGGGAGGGCAGGGAGGCCCGCACGGUGGAGUUCUCUCGGCUCGCUGCCAUGCUGCACCACCCCGUGUCUGCCGAUGGCGCGGAGGGCAAGGGCUUCCUGGACGGGCAGGUGAAGGACUAUGAGACCAGCGCCGUCACCGCCACUGACUGCCGCUACUCUGCCUUCAAUGGUCAACAGCUGCCCAUCUCCGCGUACUAA